GCGGCGGGAGCCUCAGGGGGCACCGGCCUGCGGCGGACACUCCGACCCGGGAGGUUCCGGCCCUCGGCGGACACUCCGACCCCGGGAGGCUCCGGCCCCGGGAGGCACCGGCCCCGGGAGGCUCCGGCCCUCGGCGGACGCUCCGGCCCCGGGCCUUCGCCAUCCGAUGACUCCCGGCAGCGAUCGGCGUAGCUGAACUUCUCGUCGUUUUCUUGUAAAGCCUUCCUGCUUCGAGGGGGCAGUCAGGGGAGAGGGGCGAGCUGGGCUCCACCUUCCGAGGCCGGGCGGGGUGCUUGAGAGGGAAAGCUGAAGGAGAUGGCUCACCCGGCCAGGCUUUCUGAGUCUUACGGGCUCGGGGGUUUCGUUUGACAAGAGCAACUCCGAAUGUUCAAAGAGACACUAAUUAAAUUAUUUUUAGGGUGGGAUCCACCAUGCUUCUGCCCCAUCACAGGCUGCUGUUUGGUUUGUCGCCCAGUGUUGCUCUUUUAAAAUGGAGUUCAGGUGCUUUUCUUCAGAUAAUGAAGUUGGGAGGGAUGAGAAAACGUCUUAGUGGAAGCAAAGGUAGGCUUGUGGUCUGUUGCUUAAAGGAAAGGAGAAUAUUUUGUGUGUUGCCAUGUCUGAGGAUAUUUUAUUGGAAGAGGACAUUUGGGAGUACAAAUCCAUUAGGAAGCAAAAGCAUCAGCGUCAUUCAGAGACCAUCUCUACACCUGUGCAGAAGGUAAAUGAUGAGAAGUGCAGGCCAAAAAGAAAGAGAAAUAGAAAUAAAAAAAACGCCGCCGAAAAAACUGAUACGCUUCAGCAAACUGAGCAGAAAUCAAGGCCAAAUCAGGACAUAGAUCCCUGUAAAGAUGACAGUAGUGUGCACUUCCAGGAAAGCCUGAGUAGCCUGACAGAACAGAGCUCACAAAAUGCAAAGCCCACUCAUGAAGGAUACUGUCCGAGCUGCCAGAUGCCUUUCUCCUUGCUAGUGGUCCAGACACCUCGAUGGCACGUUGCUGAAUGUUUGGACACUCCAGGAUCCACUGAAAAAGAGUGUCCUGAUGGUUUGCUGUGCACUUCUGCCAUUCCAUCCCACUACAAGCGUUACAGUCAUUUCCUACUUGCAGCAGGCAGGGCAGGACAUUAUCUUGUAAACUCUUCAGCAAACACUUCAGAGAGCAAGAUGACAUGUUCUACUCCUGCAAAGCCCAGAUGUUCCCCAAGUCAUGUGGAGGAAACCUCACAGAAUGAUAGACCAUCUAAUAAUGUAAAAAAUGUCCCAAAUGAUGACUGUACAUGGAUGGUACAGAGUUCACCACAAAUGAAGUCUCUAAAUAUGACCAGUGAAAGUACUUCCUCUUUUGCAGAUGUUCAGAAGCCUCAACAGACAUUUCAGGUUACUCAGACCACAGAUAAUAGUUGUAAAUUUGAAUUUUAUGACUUUGCAUCCUCUCAAGGAAGUGAAACAAGAGAAGAUCUGUGUAGUCAGAAACAUGCAAGUCAGCCAAGUCUACUACUGUCAAAAGCUGACUUCAGUGACUGUGACAUUUCUUAUUCUCCACUGAGUACUUUUGAGGAAAGUGAAGAGGAAACUGAGGAAGAGGAGAAGAAAGUAAAAACAUCACAAAGUAAAUUACUCAAAGUCCGGAACUUGGAAGAUGAAGAAUCUAAUUCUGUGGUGUUCAAAACAUUUGAUGGACUUUUCUUACUGCAGAAUCCUCAGUAUGAGCAUACCAAAGUGGGAAAUUGCAUCAUUGGAAAAAAGGACAGUGGGGAAGUAAAUACAUUGAAACAUCUAAAUCAUCACACAGCUGCUUCUCAGGGUCACAUGAGCAGCAAGUUCUGUAGUUCAACAUGUGUAGAUAAUCAGCAUCAACAGGAGGCACUAGCUGGGGGAUCCUCUUUUAAUUGCAAGGAGGCUGAACAGGCAGAAUUUAUUUCCUCUGCUGCUAAAGCAGGUAACGUGGAGUCAGAAGAUACUGGUGCUUGUGCUUUGGGUUCUGCAUAUGUGAGUUUUACUGAAACAUCAUUGCUGCUAGUCAGAGAAGAUGCUGGGUCUCUUCUGACACAGAAAAGUAACGUUUUGAGGGACCCAGGUAACAUUUUAGCUAAUACAGAUAAAAUUACUGCCAAUGCAACUGAAAAAAGAGCUUACCAGGAGAGUCUGCAGUCAGUUGUAGAAAAAGAAGGAAGUCUUGAUACAGCUGCUGUGUGCUUUCCCAGCCCUGUCUCUAAAAUAGUGUCAUCUCCUUCUUCAGCAAGUAUGAAUGCCAAAUCCAGUCCUGCCAAAGUACUCAAACAAAUGGACAUUGGUGUUUUCUUUGGGUUAAAACCCAAAGUAAAAGAGGAAAGCAAAGGAGAGACAUGUUUGUGUGAGGGAAAGCAGAUAUCAAGUUCAGUAACUCCCAAUGGGAAGAGGCCCAGACAGAAAAAAAGGAAAGCUGAAGGGUCCGUGGAAGAUGUGCAAGCAGUUACAGAAAGUUCAAGUAAGGAUGGAGCCUUUGCAGAUCUAAGUUCUUCUGGUGGCCAACAGAGGUGGAGAAAAAAAAUUAAAGAAUUUUCUACUGUAGGUGAAGGAACAAGAAAAAAACACUGCCCCUUCUACAAGAAAAUACCAGGAACUGGUUUUACAGUUGAUGCCUUCCAGUAUGGAGAAAUUGAAGGCUGCACAGCGUAUUUCCUUACUCAUUUUCACUCUGAUCACUAUUGUGGGCUAACAAAAAACUUCAUAUUUCCAAUCUACUGUAAUAAGAUAACUGGCAACCUGGUGAAGAGCAAACUUCGAGUCCAAGAACAGUACAUCCAUGUGCUGCCAAUGGACACAGAAUGUGUAGUGGAUGGGAUCAAGGUGUUGUUGCUUGAUGCCAAUCAUUGUCCGGGUGCAACAAUGAUCCUUUUCCGCCUACCGAGUGGAACUGUUAUUCUACACACAGGAGAUUUCAGGGCAGAUCCUUCAAUGGAGCGCUACCCUGCUUUGGUUGGUCAGCAAGUCCACACCCUUUACCUUGAUACCACGUACUGUAGUCCUGAAUACACUUUUCCUCCUCAACAAGAGGUUAUCCAGUUUGCUGUCAAUACUGCCUUUGAGACAGUGACUUUAAACCCACGUACUCUAGUUGUCUGUGGCACCUAUUCCAUUGGAAAAGAGAAAGUUUUUUUAGCUAUAGCUGAAGUGCUGGGCUCAAAAGCAAGUAUGUCUCGUGAUAAGUACAAGACACUGCAGUGCUUGGAGUCAGCAGCUGUUAAUUCCCUUAUCAGUAUGGACUGGGAUGGUACUUUGCUUCAUGUUCUUCCCAUGAUGCAAAUUAAUUUCAAGGGCUUGCAAGAUCACUUGAAUAAGUUUUCUGAGAAUUUUGAUCAAGUUCUGGCUUUCAAACCUACUGGAUGGACUUACUCUGAUUCAUGCCUUUCUCUGGUGGAUAUCAAACCUCAGACAAGAGGAAAGAUCACCAUAUAUGGGAUUCCAUACAGUGAACACAGCAGUUACCUGGAAAUGAAGCGUUUUGUUCAAUGGCUGAAGCCACAGAAAAUCAUCCCUACUGUAAAUGUUGGUGACUGGAGAGCCAGAAGCUUGAUGGAGAAGCAUUUCAGAGACUGGAUGAUUGAGAACAGUAGGCAUAAAUAAAUAUAAGGAAGAAUGUAUAUUUCAAAAGAGGUAGGCUGGAAUGGGAGCUGUGAGAUCCUCUGAACUGUGUUUUAUCUCCCUUCUCCACGGAGCUUUCUUUAGGGAGGACUAAGCUCCCACUCUUCUGAGAAAGCCGAGUUUGGAAAAAAAAAGGCACCUUGCUUAUUCAUGUUCCUACUACUUAUUUUUCCCAUAACUUAACUUUUCCACAAAUGCAUAAUUCAGGUUAUUUUUAUCUUACUCUUUUUUUUGCCGUUCUUAAUUUUCCUCAGAUUCUGGAGAUGCCCAGAUGUAUAAUGCUGGGGGAGAAACCACCUCCAGGUUAAAAAUUUCUGAAAAUAAGUGACUGUAAUAAAGGAGACAAAACUAAGCUUAUGUCACAUGCUGUCAAUUCAGGCUUCAGAGAAGCUUAUUUCAUGAGGCAGAACUGCCAAUUGCAUAUUUAAAUCUCGUAAGCAAAAUUUACCUUAUGAAAGAGGAUUGGCUUGGGCUCUUGCAUCAUAUGUACUUUGGAGAAUUCAGUUUUAUAAAAGGUGUUGCUACCUACAUUCCACUCAAGGUUUUCUGGGGUUUUUUAAUAUUAUUUUUUUAAUAAAGGACCUGCAGGAA